AUGCGAGGCCUCCAUGGUAACAUCAGGUCCAUUAUAAAGUGCCAUAAAGAGCAUGUUUUCACUCGCUACGGGAAGUGUUACACCUUCAAUGCCGGCGGUGAUGGACGCACUCCCCUCUUCACCACCAAGGGGGGUAUGGGUAAUGGACUCGAGCUCAUGCUGGAUAUCCAGCAGGAUGAAUACCUGCCUAUCUGGGGAGAAACAGAUGAGACUUCAUUUGAAGCCGGGGUCAAAGUUCAGAUCCACAGUCAGGACGAGCCGUCCUUCAUCGACCAGCUCGGGUUUGGAGUGGCGCCCGGGUUUCAGACGUUUGUGUCCUGCCAGGAACAGAGGCUGAUAUACCUCCCCCCUCCCUGGGGAGAUUGUAAAGUGUCUGCGAUGGAUUCAGACUUCUUCGACAGUUACAGCAUCACAGCCUGUCGCAUCGACUGUGAGACACGAUACCUGGUGGACAACUGCAACUGCCGCAUGGUGCACAUGCCUGGCGACGCUCCCUACUGCACCCCCGAGCUGUACAAAGAAUGUGCUGACCCAGCUCUCGACUUCCUGGUGGAGAGAGACAACGACUUCUGUGUGUGUGAGACGCCGUGCAACAUGACCAGAUACAGCAAAGAGCUGUCCUUCGUCAAGAUCCCAAGCAAGGCCUCCGCUAAAUAUCUGGCAAAGAAAUACAACAAAUCUGAGCAGUACAUUAAAGAGAAUAUUAUGGUUUUGGACAUCUUUUUUGAAGCCCUCAACUAUGAAACCAUUGAACAGAAGAAAGCUUAUGAAGUGGCCGGACUGUUAGGUGAUAUCGGCGGUCAGAUGGGACUUUUCAUCGGAGCAAGCAUACUCACUAUUCUGGAGAUAUUUGACUACCUUUAUGAGGUGAUAAAGUACAAGUUGUGUCGCUGCUCUGAUAAGAAGCACAAGCACAACAACAACAACAACAACGACCAGGGGACGGUGCUGAGCUUAGACGACGUCAAGUGUCACGUCAGUAACUUUCAUUAGGCGGAGCCCCUGCACUCUCGUCUCGGAGCGGUUUUGUUGGACUUUGUUUGUUGCAGUUUUCCAGACUGCAGGAUCAAACGGAGGGAAGUGUCUUAAUAGUGCCUGGUUUGUUUAUGAAGGGGAUAAAGGCUGAAUGUGGCUGAAGAGAGGAGAAGCCACAGAGACAGCAGGAGAGCAGAAAGCAGAGAUCGAACAUGUUGCAUGGUCAUCUGUAAACAGCUUCUCAAGACAUAGUAA